CUUCAGAUCUCUCGUCUCCUUCUCAUUCCAGUUAUUAUUUGGUGGCAGCUUUUAGACCAAUACCUCGAACAUUUCUGCAAAAAUAGACUACCAAAGUUUAUCAGUUAUCGAGCACCAAGACGGCCUGCCAGCUACGCGAGGCUGUUUCAAGAGACGUUUGCCAGCCUCAGACCACUUCCAAAAGUUCAGACCUGCAUUACUGCUUUACACACUCAGUCUAGAGCUGAGAAAAAAGGUGAUGGUGCUGGGCAGGAAGACGGAAUAAUGAGCUCUCCUCCCAAGAAACACUUAACUGAUGUAAGAUAUUCCACCACCUCACCUACGAGACAUGGAAGUCAUGGAGAGGGACAGGGACCUGCCAGGGAGAUCUCCAGUCUCUCCCGGGAGGGUUCCCCUGCCCAGGGUCACCAGUUGUCAGGGUCACCACAGACUGGGGACACGCGUGAUGGGGCCGGGAAGAGGAAGCAGGCUGGUCGCAGCCUCACUCCAGACUCCAGAUACAUGCUGGACAAGGAGAUGACGGAGAGCCAAAACAGGAAGCUGGAGGGAGAGGUGUCCACUCUGCGGACAGAGAACAAACUCCUCAAGGACAAAUACAAUCGUGCCAAUGCCCGUAUAGGGGAGCUUGAGAGCGAGUUGUCUGAGGCUCGGGAUGAUCUAUCCACACUGCAAGAUGACCUUGACCAUGAGAUGACGGAACUGACUGCCCGCACUCGCCAGGAGAUGGAUCGUGACCGUUCUGAUCUGCAGGCCAGAGUUGUCACCCUUACAAAGGAAAACGAGACUCUCAAAAUGGAGAUGUUGGGUCUUGAGCGGAGGCUGGUUGGGGCACAGACAGCCACAGAGCUGGCACAAUCCAGCGACAAGACCCGCACCCUGGAGGCCCAUAGCAGCGAGAUUGCAUCACUUAAGGAGGAGUUGACACGUGUGAGAGGUUUGCUGGCAGAGAGUGAGCGGCAAGUGCAUGAGGGUGAGGAGCGUCAUGCACAAGCUCACCGGGACAUACAGAAACUCACCAAGUUCACCGAGGCUCUGCAGCAACAGACAGACGCUGGUAACACACCAGCUGAUAUUUCUAACAAACAGGUGCGUUCCCUAGAGCGGCGUCUAAAGGUGACAGAGGAACGCCUGCACCAGGAGAGGGCGGACCGUGCCAACAACCUUUCAUCUGUGGAAGACAAACUCCUCACCGACAAUGCCAAACUACAGGCUUCAGAAAAGGAAUUGACCAGGCAACUUCACAGAGAAAAAGAAAAGAACCGCAACUUUGAGCAACGAGUGAAGCAGCUACGUGAGGAAAAUGAGAAGCUUAGAUUGGCCAUGCCAUUUGAUGAUACCAGUCUUCUUUCAAAGACGGGCACAUCCUAUGACAUACCAUACAGCAGUCAUACAACAGACAGAGCUGAAACAUUGAAGAGCGUGUCGGAGGACAUGAACUACAUCAUGUCGCAGAUCGAGCAGCAGGACGGGCUUCAGGGGACAGUGGACCGCGACGAGGUGAUCCGUGUUGUCUGGAACAAAAGGGAGCUGGCGUACCGUCACCUCAAACAGUACGACUUUCAGCUCCAGGAACUGCAACUCUCAGACAACAACCUUGUGGACGGACUCAAGAAUCUACGUGAGACUUACGGCCAGGCAGAGGGAAAACUGGCAUCCAUGGAGGAGGAGUUGGCUGAUGCUCGCAGUCUCGCAAUUACACUCGAACACACAUACAAACAACAGCUGGAGGUGUUGGUUCAGGAGCGUCACAAUGCGUUUGCAAGCCUAAAGACAGCAGAGGAUCUACUGGCGGCUGUGCGGGCAGAAAAUGAAACCCUGCAUCAGAACGUGGCCCUGGCCCACACACACGGCAUGGACCACCGAGCAGGUGGGAAGGACAGUGAGACGUCGGAUGCGGAGAUGUUGAGGAGUGAGGUGUUGCGGCUCACGCGGGCAAACAAGUUGAUGGAGGGUGAACUUUCUACUCUCCGUAUCCAGCUUAACGCACGAGAGAUCGCUCUGAAGGAUGUUGAGAGUGAGUUAAGCAUGGUGUAUGGGCGGCUAAAGGGGGAGGACAGCGAUGACAGGAAACAACAAAGGAUCGAUAAACUCUCAGCUGAGGUGAAGGAGGGUGAGGUUGAGCUGAGCCUGGCCCGGGAGCAACUAUCACGGGCCAAUGGUGAGGUUUCUCGCCUCCAGGCAGAGCUGACAAGCCUCAAGAAACAGAAUAUGAAAAAUCGCAGCCACAAAACUGAACAGAUUGAAACAAGGGUGCUGCAGGAGCUGCGUGGGAGCCUGGCUGAGCGGGAGGGUGAUGUCGCAGGCUUAUCCCGUCAACUGGAUGACACAGAAAACAAUCUACAGAAGUUACGUCAGGACCUCUACAUUGAACAGAUGCACAACUCUGAACUAGAGGCUGAGAAUGAGAACCUACAGGAGACUGUUGCCCAGCGUGCCCAGAUGUUUGAAGCCUUGAGUGGGACUGAGCGUGAGCAGCUUGCCCAGUACCAAAUACUUAAGGAUGCCAUGGACAAUGCUAGCCAGGAGCUGGCACAGAAACAUGCCCAGAUCAUCUCACUGGAUGUAAAUCUGAGCAGCCAGAAGGACAAGUGUGCUGAGCUUGUGGAGGAGCUAGCCCGUUUGCACAACUCCUGGAGACGUGACGACACCCAGGACACACCUGAUCAGUUGCCUGCCCACCAGCUGCAAGUGAGAGAACUGGAGAAGGAACGGGCGCAACUCAAACAAGAAUUACAGCAAGCGUACAGUGCUAUCCAGGCAUCGGAGGAGCAGUACCGCACUCUGCAGACCGAGUCUGCACAGCUAGAGCAGGAACUUGUCAAGGAGAAAACUGUCAUACUACAGAUAACAGCAGAGAAAGGCGAGAUUGAACAACACCUAGAGGAGUUAGCUGAGGAGCAUGAGUCUCUGAUCACAGAGAAGAACACCGGGGAGGAGGACCUUGUGAGACUCGAGACAAAACUGCAGGAGAUCCUUCACAAGUAUGAGGCCCAGUCCCGCAAACAGCAUGGGGACUUCACCAAGGAACACCAGGGCAUUCCACCUGAGGCUAGCAAGCUGGUAAGUGAGCUGGACUCCCUGAGGCUGGUGGUUGAUGGGAAGGACAAGGAGAUAGCUAUGCUCCACGACAAACUCAGUCGUCAGGGUAUUGAGCUGGACUUCCUGCAUCGAAAGGUGGAACUGGUUCACCGGGACAGUGUUGCAAACAGGGAGGAUGUCGCACGGAUGAUCUCUGAACUCACACUCAAGAUGAAGGAGGCUGUGUCUACGCGUGAGGUGAGCCAGCUGCUUGUGACGGAGCGCACCAAGCUGGCCAACGAGAAGCAGCACCUGGAGGCGGAGCUGGACCAGGAGAGGCGGAGCAGGGAUGAACAACGACGGGAAAUACACGAUAUCAUCAGGAAGAUUGAGAACACUGAGACUAGUAAAAAAUCUACAGAAAAGAAUUCACGGGACAAAGAGAACACAAUUAUCUCCCUUGAGGCAGAACUACGCAACACUAAACACAACCUGGCUUCAUCUGAGACAGAGAAUGAUUCUCUCAAAAACAGGCUGGACCACAUGAUCGAAGAUGUACGAAACCUGACCGCUGCCAAUACCUCCCUCGAGAAACGACUCGAGAUGGAACAACACUCGCUGUCAGAGAAGAAAAGCGAGGUCUUGAAGUGGAAGGAAGACUUCACCAAAUUGGCACAUGACUGUGACAUCAUCAGACAUGAACACUCUGUCUUGUCUGAUAAAUAUGAAACAGAAAUAAAAAUGGUCCAAAAGCUAAAAGGUGAGGUAGCGCUACGUGAGGAGGAAAAUGGUGCCUUGCGCGGGGACCUGAAAGUGGCACAGCAAGACCGAGACACACACCACGGGCAGCUGCUCAUCACCAAGGAUACCCUCUCCCGUCUCACACAGGACAAGGGAUCCAUCGAACAUGAUUACGAGGGUUUGUGCCGCUCCUUGACUGAGAAGGAACGCCAGCUGACGGAGCUACGAGAGAGAAUGGAGGAGCGCCUUGAGUCACUGAAGCGUGAACACGCCCAAGAGCAGAUACGCCUUGAGCAGGACAGGAAUGCUGCAACACAGGAACGUGACCUCGCCAAGGGAGAGAUGGACAAGCUGAAUAAGGAGCUGCGUCAGAAGGAGGUACAGCUGAACACGUUUAGUCGCACGCUGCAGGAGCUGGAGGCCAUCACACGAGAGAAGAAGCAGCUGGAGUCUCAGGUAGAGCGACUUGAGGCAUCGACGGGCGACUCCCAGGUGCUGCUGGAGGGACACAGGCGGGAUCUGAUGCAACUCAAUGAGGCACUCGCCAAGCAACAGGAGAGGACAAUCUUGCUGGAAUCAGAGAACCACACCCUGGCGGCUGACCUGAAGGCUCUCAAAAAUUCAUCCAAUCGAGAGGAACAUGAACUGAAGCUCACCAUUACAGAACUGAAAGCCCAGCAUGAAAAUGAAAGACACUACCUAAAUGACAAUCUAGCUCAGACCCAGUCUCGGUUGCGGUCUGUGGAGACAAGCCUGGCUUCAGCUGCAGGUGAGCGAGACACAGCCUUAGGAAAGCUCCGCCUACAUGAGAAGACAGUAGAGGACCUACGAGCCAAGCUUGCAGAUGAAAAUACUGCACGUCGCCUCACGGAGCAGUCGGUCGGCACCCUCAGGCUUCAGCUAGAGGAGGCACGAAAUGAAAAGAAUGUGUCUCAGGCAAGGUAUGUGGAGAUGAAAGCCCAGGUGUCUCGGGCGGAAGAGUCACACCACAGGGAGGAGGAGAAGAGUGCUGGACUGGCUGGCCAACUAGCAGAACUGACCGCAAUAACAAGCUCUCAUCGCGCCGCCCUCAAGGCCAAGACUGACCAGGUUGAUUUACUGCAGAAGGAGGUCAGCAGCUUGAAGCAGAUGAUCGAAAGCCAGAAACAGACAUGGAGCAGCAAGCUGAAGAAGGCUGCUCUUGAGGCUCGCCAACAGAUGGAGGGUGUUAAUGAGGAGAAAUCUCGUCUGGCCGCCCAGCUGCAGGCCUCCACCGUGGACCUGGACUCUGCACGGGAACAUAUUGCAAACAAAAACAAGGAAAACCUCAAGCUGCAGGAAGAGAUCCUCUCCCUGGAGGACAGGGUGCGGGAGGCGCAGCUAAAACAGAAACACGCUGAUGACACGCUGCAAGCCCAGAUUGACCGACAGCAGGAUCUUAACACCAGACUGGAGAUGGAAGACAGAUGGUUUGAGGCCCAGGAUGAGGAGCUGAAGAGACUGCGCUCUUUCCUUGCACGGAAAGCUGAUGAAGCUGGAGAGGCAGACAAGGCCAUGUGGCAGGAGAUGAAUAGAGUUAUCCAGGAGUUGAGUCAUCAGAUGCAGUCACACCUGGAUGCCCAACGGGGCGGUGACAAGGAGGGGAAGGGACGGGAGAACGCAGCCACCAGGUUCCGUCGACAGUUAGCGGAGGUGACUGCAGACCUCAACACGGAACGAUCCCUGCACCAGAUCACCCGCACCUCACUCAGCGCCCUGGAGGAGGACUGCACACGGAUCCGUAAACAACUGCAAACCCUCCGACACCGCCACCCUCAACAGACAGAGAAGAAACAUAAAAACCGUAUGGAAGCCAUAAAUGCUAUAAUCGCCCGCUCCCAGUCACAGGCCCAGGCUCUACUCACCUCUGGAGGUUACUAUGACGACAGCAUGCUGAGCCCACGGGGUCUUGGAAACCCAAUCCCUAGGGUGGGGCUGACACCCCGGCGGGGUGCCGCUGAGUCCCCGGACAAUUCCAUCAGUGAGGAUCUCUCCAUAGCCAGUCUGCCACCAAUGCAUUAUGGGAAGAAAUCCUAGCACUCAGCCAGUAGUUUACAUGAUCACAAGAUCACUUAUCUGCUGAUAUGUUUUACCAUCCUUAGUUAGAUUAUUUUUCUAUAGUUAAUAUACAAAUAGUGUAACAUUGUAUUAAAUUGCAUUAUCAAACUAUUACCCAAAGAUAUUACAUUUUGAUACCUUUCAUUUAACUUAGAAUAAUUAUUAUUGGUGCUGUAUUACUUUUCAAAUCAUAAUUUAGCAUUAUAAAUACUCCUUUUUUAGGUUCAAAAGGUCCCUUUCAUGUCAUUUAGACCGCUGGCCAGCCAGCCAGUCAGUGAGUCAAAACUGCAUUUGUAGGUUAUUAGUUAAUGGCUAAAGCACCUUAUACUGGACAAGAUAUUCCCAUAUGAUGUCUCUGAUCCAUUAAUCUUUCUCCCAAAUGCCUGUAUAUAACUGAAAUUGCUGAUUAGCUGAUAUUGUUGACAGUCAUACAUGUUCGGAUAAAUCUCACAGAUGUUAUUUCAGUAAGUGUGCUUUCUGACAAUUAAAAGAAGCACAUGAUUAAUGCUUUUGUUUUCAAAUGUUGAAAUGUUAAAGAUAUUACAAGUUCUAAAAUGUGUUCAGCUCACUUGUGAAAAACAUGACAAAACAUUAUGGAAAAGUUUACACUAUCACCUUGUAUCUGCUUUUUGUCAAUGUUUACAAAGACAGUGUUGUGAUUUUUGUGUAUAUGUUAUUACUUGUCAAUGACUAUUGUAACCAUAUAUAUUUUGUUUAAAGCAAAUGCAUUUUAUUUUAUCGAAUUAUUUCCGUCCAAUUUUACGUAAUCAUUAGUUUAUGUGUUGUUUUACAUCCAUUUUCAAUUCGCAAGCCUACAACAAGGUAACAGCAUUACUGUGAUUUUGGAUAUUUUGUUUUUGUUUGAAUUAUGUAUACAUUUAUUUAUGUUUUUAUAGAAUAGUAAUUCUUUAAUUGUACAAAAUAUACUGUGAUAAAAUACCACUGUAAAAUUGAGAAAUAAUUUACAACACAUUUUGUACCAGUUUUACAAGUUAAUAUUAUAUCAUCAACACUUCAAAACCAUUCCUCUUUAAAGACGAUUACGGGUGCUAUAUUUAUGGGGAGGCAUAUUGUCCAAGGCAUAGCUCAGAUGUCCGUCAGUAUGUCACACGUUUGGGUUGAUUCUGUAUCUCUUCAACCCUUUGAAGAAUCUUCAUGAAACUUGGGUCAAAUGUUCACCACGACAUGAACCCAUAUUCAUUUACUGCCAGCUAAAGGUCAGCUUCACAGGUCAAAGGUUUGAGCCACAGAUUUCAUCUCUGCUCCAUAUAAUCAAACCUCCUGUACGAUUCUCAUUAAGCUCAAGUCAAAUUUUCACCUCAUCGAUACGACAUGUAGAGCACACAUUAGAGGCAUGCCAGCUCAAAGUCAAGGUCACAUGUCAAGGUCAAAGUUUCAAACCAUAGAUGACAUUUAUGCUCUGUAUCACCUAAACCCUAUAAAAAUGUUCAAGUACUUGGGCAAAAAGUAGGAACAUUUACACAACAUGCAGAACCCACACUCCAGGCUCAAGGUCAAGGCCACAGUUCAAUGUCAAAUGUUGAGCAAUAGAUUUCAUGUCAGCUUCAUGUCUCCAAAACCUCUUGAAGGAUUUUCAUAAAACUUCGGUAAAACUCUUCUCCUCAAUGACGCUAGACAUAUGACCAGCCAGAUAAAUUUUAUGAUUGAGAUUAAUUUGUGCUAACAUUAAGCCAUUCAUUUCAAUCCAUGUGGAUAUGUUAGAGAAUUUGAAGUUACAAUCAAAAUCUUGUACCGGUAUACAGAUUGGUUACAUAAUAAUGAUAUAGAUGUUUAUACCAUGUGAUAGUAAUAAUGAAGGGGACACAGGUUUGUUUUUUGUCUACAUAUGAAAAUGUUGUAACAUAAACACAUGUAGUACCAUAAACACAUGUAGUAACAUUAACAUAUGUAUAGUUUUAACAUAAAAAUAUUUAGUGUUAACAUAAACACAUGUAGUAACAUUAACACAUGUAGUAACAUUAACAUAUGUACAUGUUGUAACAUAAACACAUGUAGUAACAUUAACACAUGUAGUAACAUUAACACAUAGAGUUACUUUAACACAUGCAGUUACUUUAACACAUGGAGUAACAUUAACACAUGUAGUAACAUUAACAUAUGUACAUGUUGUAACAUAAACACAUGUAGUAACAUUAACACAUGGAGUAACAUUAACACAUAGAGUUACUUUAACACAUGGAGUUACUUUAACACAUGGAGUAACAUUAACACAUGGAGUAACAUUAACACAUGGAGUUACUUUAACACAUGGAGUUACUUUAACACAUGGAGUUACUUUAACACAUGGAGUAACAUUAACACAUGGAGUAACAUUAACACAUGGAGUUACUUUAACACAUGGAGUUACUUUAACACAUGGAGUAACAUUAACACAUGGAGUAACAUUAACACAUGGAGUUACUUUAACACAUGGAGUAACAUUAACACAUGGAGUUACUUUAACACAUGGAGUAACAUUAACACAUGGAGUUACUUUAACACAUGGAGUUACUUUAACACAUGGAGUUACUUUAACACAUGGAGCUAUAGAAUAGUAGAUCUGGGUCCUGUGAGUGUCAUCGGUAAAGUGGUACAUGGGACAAUUAUCUGAAACAAUCCUCUCAGGGUCGCAACUUUAUCUUGAAUGCUUGUGAAUAUUGACCAUUAAUGAUUAUGAUUGACAAUCAUUAAGUUCAUCAUCAAUUUAGAAUAAUAUGUAGAUGGAAUAAGAAGUGGGAUUUUGGUAUUGAUUUUUUCAGUACUUUUAAUUAAUUUGAAGUUAAUUAUCCAAGAAUCAUAGUAAGAGCUUUUACAAAAUUGAGUGCAUUUUAGCCCGUUCAAGAAAACCAACAACGUAUUGUCAUAUAUUGCCUUUGUAUCAGUUUCAGCUAUGACUUGGUGGUCCAUUUAAAGCUGCACUCUCACAGAUUUACCGUUUUUCCAACUUUUUUAUUUUUUGUCUUGGAAUUAGCAAUUUUUUGCGGUAAUAUCUGCAAAGAAGUGAUGAAAGACUUUUGACAAAAGAUCAGAUCGCAGAUUUUCAGAUUUUCAUAUUUCCAUUCCAAAUUUAAUGUUUUAUGGCUUAAACCAUAAAAAUCUGCGAUCUGUUCUUUUUUCAUCUGUCGUUUAUCACAGGUUUUCAGAUAUUUACGCAAAAAACUGCUGGUUCCAAGACAAAAAAAAUAAAAAAGUUGUCAAAACGUUAAAUCUGUGAGAGUGCAGCUUUAAGAUAAGGUUACAAAUAUUUAUGCAUAUAUACAUGUGCUCUUGUUUUAGGCUCUAGUCUAGUUUGGUCACAUGUUAAUUCUCAGCCACUGCAGAUAAAAUUUGGACGAUUCAAUUCUCUGUUUAGCCUGAUUUAUUCUUUAAAGCAUAAAGCUUUUUAUUUCCACUUAUCUGUGAUGCUAAUUUUAUUAACCUUAUUUAUAUGUCUACUUUCUUUUACAAAUAGAUUGAAAAGCAUUCCAGGUGUGUGUAAAAAUGUCUUAAUGUAUAUCAUUAAUGUAUUUCUACGUCUAAUCUAGUUUUAAUGUUGACCUGUAUCUCACAAACCAAGUUGCUGCAUAGUUACUAUCAAUUUAUAAAUUCUUGUUUAGUUAAGUAAUCGCAUUAUUACUACUUAAGCAAUAAUUGAGACUUUGAUUAGCGAACCCCAUCAUCAAUUAAACAUAUGAGGCAGACAUGUUCAGUGAUUCUGUCGCAAUCAAUUGUAUCAUACAUCGUUAACCUUUAUAUGCAAUAUAACUUACAUCAUUAACCUUUAUAUGCAAUAUUACUUUUGUCAGCAUAAUUAGUUACAGUAACAAACAUUGACUGAUUUCUAAACAAUAAAAUGUUUUAACAUUAUACAAGCGUUCUGCAUUACAUUCAUUCCCCAACAGUAUCCGAUCAUGAGUCGAAAAAUAAUUACCGGACGGGCCAACUUCCAAAAACCAAAAGGGGUCAUUUACUGAUAGCCUUCCACUGAAGUUUCAUGUACCUUGAUCAAAACAUUCUCACGUUAUUGUGCAUUUUUUUUUAUCUUAGAUUAUAACCUACAUUCUCAGUUUUACAACUUCACAGACAUGACGUCAUAACGUCUGUCAUGCGGAAAACAGGAAAAACUGAUGUUGAAAACACACUUUUGUAUAUUUCACCAAAAAGCGUGUGCAACAUUGUUUACUGACGUCAUA